GUCACGUCACUGACCUCUGGCAAGCCCUCAAUUAAUUCGCACCAUCACAGCGCUCUUUUCGAAAACCUCUUCUCGACAUCAACACUAACCAGCUGCAUCUACUCAUACAAGCAACAUGGAGUCCUCAAAGACCAUCGUCGUCGAUAACGGCACUGGGUUUUGCAAAGUCGGAUAUGCUGGAUCAAAUUUCCCAGAAUAUGUUUUCCCCUCAGUGGUCGGACGUCCCAUUCUACGCGCUGAAGAAUCCAUCGGCAAUGUACGUGUCAAGGAUAUCAUGGUUGGAGAUGAGGCUGCAGAAUUGCGUUCUAUCCUUCAAAUGAGCUAUCCAAUGCAGAAUGGCAUUGUCAAGAAUUGGACUGAUAUGCGACAUCUUUGGGAUUACACCUUCAAUGAGAAGCUCAAGAUCGAUCCACGCGACACAAAGAUCAUGUUGACAGAACCUGUUAUGAACCCCAAAGCCAACAGAGAAAAGAUGGUUCAAACCAUGCUUGAGGAAUAUGGUUUCCAAGGUGUCUAUGUGGCUAUUCAAGCCGUCUUGACUCUUUAUGCACAAGCACUUACAACGGGUGUGGUUGUCGAUUCUGGAGACGGUGUCACGCAUAUUGUACCUGUAGUCGAUGGAUAUUCUCUUCCUCACAUUACAAAGAGGUUAGAUGUUGCUGGACGUGAUGUCACUCAGUACCUUAUCAAGUUGUUGUUGCUUCGUGGUUAUGCCUUCAACAGAACUGCCGACUUUGAGACUGUCCGUCAGAUCAAGGAGAAGCUUUGCUACACUAGUUAUGAUGUGGAUCAGGACCUUAAACUAGCUAAUGAGACUACUGUCCUUGUGGAGAGCUACACGCUUCCUGAUGGUCGUGUCAUCAAGGUCGGUUCUGAAAGAUUCGAGGCUCCCGAGUGCAUGUUCCAGCCUCCUUUGGUUGAUGUUGAGCAACCUGGAGUUGCUGAAAUGCUUUUCCAAUGUAUUAAUACUGCUCCCGUCGACACACGUCCAGAGUUGUAUAAGCACAUCGUCCUUUCUGGUGGAUCUACCAUGUACCCUGGUUUCCCCAGUCGACUGGAGAAGGAACUCAAGCAACUUUAUCUAACAGAAGUCGUAAAGGGCGAUGUCCAGCGCUUUAGAAACAUCAAAAUCCGUAUCGAGGAUCCUCCUCGUCGUAAGCACAUGGUGUUCUUGGGAGGAGCUGUGUUGGCCAACAUUAUGCAGGACAAGGAAGCGUUCUGGGUCACAAAGCAAGAGUGGGAUGAGCAAGGUAUUCGUGCAUUGGAUAAGCUUGGAUUUGUUUCGUCAAACUAAGAGAAAACGAAAGAAUAAAUAAAACAAAGAUUAGAUUGGGCAGACAAAAAAGAAAAAGAAAA